AUGGCCGCUGCUACUUUGCACUUCGUCUUAGUGCUCCUGCUGGUGGUGACAACGACGGUGAGGGCCUCGACCUUGGGGCAGCUGGAGAAGGAUGAUGACCUCCACCUCCAGGACCCCUUGAAGGUCGACCUCCUCCUCCUACCAGCAGAGAGUCAGCAGGUCUCCGUGGUGGCUGACGAAGACCUAGCAGAGAGUCAGCAGGUCUCCGUGGUGGCUGACGAAGACCUAGCAGAGAGUCAGCAGGUCUCCGUGGUGGCUGACGAAGACCUCCACACCGCCGCUACAGGUUACGGAGGAGGAGGAGGAAGAGGAAGAGGAGGAGGAGGAAGAGGAAGAGGAGGAGGAGGGAAGAGUCACACUGGCCAACAAGGUUACACCGGCAGUUACCACGACAAGGCAGGCUACAAGGGGAACAAGGGCUACAAGGGCAAUCAAGGCUACAAGGGCAAUCACUAUGGGGACUACGGCAAGGCUCAGACCGGGGGUUACUACGACACCCAGGGCAAGAAGUAUAAGGGCCAUGACGAUAAACACCAGUACCACGGCGACGCUAAGAAGGGCCAGAAGGGCAAAAAGGGCCACCAUUCAGGGUCUAAGGGCCACAGUAACAAGGGCCACAGUGAUAAGGGAGAGAAGAACGUCCACCACAAAGAGGAAUACCACCACACCAAGAAGUUUUAUGAUGACGGUGACAACAACGAGUACCACACCAGCUCUGAUGAUUUUGACAGCUACUUCGACACCCACAAAGGCAAAGACUUCAAAGGUGGCCACUAUAAGGGCGGGCAGCACCACGACAAACACGGUAAGAAGGGCCAAUUUGAUAAGGGCAAGUAUCACGACGACCAUCAGGGCCACAAGGGCCACUAUGGCGACAAGGGCCACUAUGGCACUAAGAGUUCCUAUGGCGACAAGGGCGGACACAAGGGCAGUUAUGGUACCAGUAAAAGCAAGAGUCAUGGUGGCGGUGGACACGGCAGUGGCGGUCAUGGCGGUGGACAUGGCGGCGGUGGCGGCUAUGGUGGCGGCUAUGGUGGCGGUGGACAUGGUAGUGGCGGCUACGGAGGCGGCGGACAUGUUAGUGGCGGCUACGGAGGCGGUGGACACGGCAGUGGCGGUCAUGGAGGCGGUGGACAUGGCGCCGGUGGCGGCUAUGGUGACGGUGGACACGGCAGUGGCGGCUAUGGAGGCGGUGGACACGGCAGUGGCGGCUACGGAGGCAGUGGGCGGCGGUGGACACGGCAGUGGCGGCGGCAGUGGACACGGGUGGCGGCGCGAGGCGGUGGACACGGCAGUAUGGCGGUCAUGGGGCGGUGGACAUGGCGCCGGUGGCGGCUAUGGCGGCUGCGGAGGCAGUAG